AUGGGGCCCCCGGGCAAUAGGGGAUCAUGGGGCCCCUGUGUCCUUGCCAAAACUCAAAAAAGCCUAUGAAAAAGGAUGGCGAACCUCUUUAAGUUUAAAAUUUCAAACUUUAAAAGAAAAAAGAAAAAAUAGGCACUCACCCGUCCAGGGGUCCAGCGCCAAAUGAGCUGGAACCAGGGGCGGACUGACAACUCAUGGGGCACCCGGGCAAUAGGGGAUCAUGGGGCCCCUGUGUCCUUGCCCAAACUCAAAAAAGCCUAUGAAAAAGGAACCAGGGGCAUCUCAUGGGGCCCCCUACUGACCCUGGGCCCUCAGGCAGUGCCCGAGUUUCCAAAUGGUUAGUCCGCCCCAGGCUGGAACACAUCCAAA